AUGUUAGCCGAAGUUGCAGAAUAUGAAGAUCACUAUCAUAGCGAAGAAGAAAAUGAUGUUGCUCACUAUUAUCAUGAAUAUGAUGAAUAUGAAGAAGAAAGAGAGGAGGAAAAUUACGAUUACGACGAUAAUAACGAUCAGGAAUAUGGUGAAAAGAACGACGAAGAUUACGAUGACGAAGAUUAUAAUGAGGAAGAAUAUGAUCAUAAUGCCAACGAUAACGAGCAUCCGCCAAUGCAGGAAGAUACACUCCAGUUAUUCGUGGUGGGGGUGAAGGCAAGUAUUACAACUGAAAUGCUGGACGCUUACUUUGCACAGUUUGGCCGGGUUCUGCACUUGCAUAUGGCCAAGAAUUCCUCAACACACAUGCAUGGCGGAAAUGGUUAUGUCAUCCUGCGUACGGCGCUCGACGCACAUACUAUCCUUGACAGAGACCAUCAGGUCGGUGGAAGGAGAAUCUAUGUUCAGGAACGCAAUGCCUCCUGCAGUAGCCAAGACGGUUCCACGAGGUUUGUUAUUCAUAAGGGUUGCCUGCCUGCAUGCUCUUACUUUUCCAUUAUCCACAGGAAUUCUCGACUUCACUAUAACCACAUCUGA